AUGGUCGCUGGUCCGGUACGCAACCGGUUGUCGUCGCCUCCAACUGUCUCACCUCGCCAGGUUGAGCCUCGGACCCACGAUGGCGCUGCUGGUGAUGAUGCGACGACGAACAAGACCGCCCGAUCGCCACGUCGACUGCAACGACGCGUAUUCCCGAGGGCACCCAUCACAGAACUCGACACAGGUAAGUCACCUGUUAGUCUAUUGUGUGUCGUCGAACUCAGCAUUGACCGUUGCGCGCUCUCAUACCGUCGAUCAUCUCUCGUCACCCACCCACCGACCAACCUCUCACGUGUCCGUGCGCCCCGUCCCCGUCCCCGUCCCCGUCCCCGUCCCCGUCCCCGUCCCCGUCCCCAUCCCGGAACAUCGCUCAAUCCGCGAUCGCCCGGACUUCCUCAGCCAUGUCGGCCGCCAACUUUUACAUCCCUACCCUGCCUGGUCUACCCGCCGACUCGACCCUGUCCAUGUACGGCGGCCACAUCCCCUCGUUGCCGUCCACCUCGCAGGUCGGCGCGACUUCGGCCACCAGUUCAGAGUCGGAUGCGCACCUCUACUUCUUCAUGCUCAAGGCGCGCCACAUCGCCGACAAGGAACGCACCAUAUUCUGGUCAGUCAAGCGACGCGGCCUACACAGUGCUUCCGCUCACUCUUUGUCCAUUCUGUAUUCCGAUGACAGGUUCAACGGAGGACCGGGGUGCUCUUCGUUCGAUGGAAGCAUGAUGGAGGUCGGACCUUUACGGCUCGAACCGGGGAGCAAGGGCACGCUCAAAGAGAUCGACUCGGCAUGGAACGAGUAUGCCAAUGUCGUAUUCGGUAAACCGCCUUUCUCCCACUGCCGGCCACAUCUUAGUCCUCGAGCACCUGAAGACUGACUCUCGUUGUUCACGCAGUCGAUCAACCUGCUGGGACAGGCUAUUCAUACGUCUCGACCAACAAAUACGUACACGAGAUGGACGAGGUCAGUCAGAAAUGAACUUUGACUUGUCGCGCGCCGACCUUGUAGAGCAAAGAGCAACCCUCGCUGACCCUUGUGUCGUGUCCAGGCUGCGAAUCACGUCGUCGAAUUCAUGACUCGAUUCUACACCGUCUUUCCCGAAUUCCAACGACACGAUGUGAUUAGACUUGAAUGGCCGACGUUCCAUCUGCGAUAUGCUGAUCAUGUGCUCUCUAAAUCCGCAGACCUACCUUGCCGGCGAAUCUUUCGCGGGCCAAUACAUCCCCUAUAUCGCACGAGCGAUCCUCGAUUCGGCUCGGAUCAAGACCCCUCUCAAAGGUGUUCUCAUUGGCAACGGCUGGAUCGACCCGUAUUCGCAAUACCCGGCCUACCUCGACUUUGCACUUCAAUCGGGCGUCAUCAAGAAAGGGUCGGCGGCCGAAACCCAAGUGCGCCAAGCCGUCAAGGAGUGCAUGGACGCGCUCGAGUCCCGCGGGGGGAAACUCAAGGUCAAGGUUCAUACCGGGUUGUGUGAAGCUAUUCUCCAGGGCAUUACGGAUGCGACGGUGACCAGGUGAGUCGAGCCUUUGGUAUCGACCCUCCUCUCUCGUAGAGCGGCCCUCACUGACGCCGAACUUGCGGGUUCAGUGUCAAUGGCUUGGACGUAUGUGUCAACAAUUAUGACGUGCGAUUGACCGACUCCUACCCAGCAUGCGGCAUGAACUGGCCCCCGGAUCUCGCGGAUAUUACGCCAUAUCUUCAGGUGAGUCGCAAGACCCUCACCAACCUUCCUCUUCCCCGACGGGAACUUGGCUCUAACUCUCUACGUUGACGUGACGUGUAAUAGCGAGAGGAUGUCAAAAAGGCUUUCCAUGCGUCGCGUCACGACGGAGGCUGGACGGAAUGCAAUGGUGGCGUCGGUUCCAACUUUUGGGCCUCGGAAUCGGUCCCGGCGGUGCAGUUGCUGCCCAAGCUCUUGGACGAGAUCCCCGUGUUGCUGUUUGCUGGUGAUCAGGAUCUGAUAUGUGUGAGUGAUGCGUGGGUUCAUCGACUCUAG